AUGGAAGUGUUUCUCGACCCCGGUAAAGAUCUUGGCAUGGAUGAACCUGUUAUAAUCACCCAAUUCAAUUUAUCAAAAGCAAUCAAAGACAGCAUUCUCACCAACUUUGGGGAAUGUGGGCUAGCCUCAUCUCUCAAUUCAUUUCAAGUGAAGUAUGUGAAUCCAAUUACGAAAGUUUGCAUCAUUAGAGUUUCAAGGGAGGAGUGCCAAAGAGUUUGGGCUGCGACCACCAUGGUUAGAAGUGUAGGAAACUGUCCUGUGGUUUUCAAUCUACUUGAUUUGAGUGGAAGUAUCAAGGCCUGCAAAAAUGCUGCUUUGAAGUGUGAUGAAUUGAAAUUUGAACAGUACAAAUUGUUGGCUGGAGACCGCCUCACACCUGAUUACCAGCUACACGUGCAAAACUGCCUUGAGAAGAUCAAACUCUUGGAGCAUUGA